CAAACGUUCUUUUGGUCAACGAAACAAUCCACCAGUAGUCUAUUAAGUACCACACAAAUUCUAGUUGAAUUUGUGGAUUUUAGGGUGUUCAAAGGGAACACCGGAGAUGUCAGGGAAACGAGAACGAUCUAGCCCUGAGGAUAACGGCAAAAACAGGGAGUCAUCAUCUUUCUUUGGCCCGAGGUUCAUCGCGAUUACCGGUAUCCUAACCGUCUUGCUUGUCAUUGGCGUCGUUCAUGUAGCAACAAGUGAAAACAAGAAGACGUAUUUUGACGAGCUAUUAAGCACAGGAGGUGCUAUCCGUUCCGCUCGUUUUGCAAGAAACUAUGAUGAGAAUAGAGACAUUAAAGGUGGCGUGUGCCACACCAAGGAUUGCUAUAGUGUAGCUAGACAUAUCAAUGAUUCUAUUGACUUUUCCGUUAGUCCUUGUACCGAUUUUUAUCAAUUUGUAUGCGGUGGUUGGAUGCAGAAGAAUCCUAUUCCACGGAGUUCAUCAACUUAUUCGACUUUUACCAAGCUGAACACUAAGGUAGAGAAAUCCCUUAGGGGUAUUCUAGAAGAAGGUAUCUCAGCAAUUCCAGGCGCCAGCAAAAAGCUCAUGCGCAUGCCCAGUGAUGUGUACGAGUCGUGUAUGGACCUGGGUACGAUUGACAAGUUGGGCGAUCAGCCAAUCAGGGACAUGAUUAAGGAGAUCGGAUCGUGGAGCUUGGAAAAAGGCUGGGUCGAGAAGGACUGGGACCUAAGCGAGACGUUGCUGUAUAUUCAUAAGAAGUAUACCUCUGCGGGGGGUCCUUUGUUCUCGGUUCACGUCAGCGAUGAUCCGAUCAAAAACACCAGGCAUAUUAUCGAGAUUGACCAAGCAGGGCCAAGCUUGUCGAGAGAAGUGUACACAGAUAGCCCUAAGAUUAUCAAGGCCUACAAAAAGUACAUCAUAGACGUGGGAACGCUACUGAGAGGAAAAGAGGCCAUGGAGAAAUAUGCCCAGGAGAUUAUCGACCUCGAGACCAAACUAGCUAACAUAAGCGUCCCAGAUGCAGACAAAACCGAGACUUGGUUCAACAGAAUGACAAUCAAAGAUCUAAUGAAAGAAGCUCCGGGGUAUGAUUGGCUGGACCAUCUGAAUAAAAUGUUUGCGCCAGAAAAGAUCAAGGAUUCUGAGCAGAUAAUUGUCCCUGCCCUGCCUUACCUCAAGAAGAUGAUCAAGUUAAUAGAAAAUACGCCUAAAAGAGUUCUGUCUAACUAUGUCGUUUGGAACGUGAUCCAAGACGAGGUCUCAUUCCUAUCCAAACCGUACCGUGAUGUGCGCCUGCGAUACAGAGAAAGGGUACUGGGCAGCAAAGGUCACAAGAAGCGCUGGAAGACAUGCGUGAUGUACACCAAUGAGCUAGUGGGAGACGUGCUGGGGGCGGCGUACAUACAGCAUCAUUUUGAUCAGCACAGCAAGAAUAUCGCACGAGAUAUGAUCAAAGAAGUGCGACAAGCAUUCAAAGACAACGUAAAUUCCAUCCCGUGGAUGGACAAAACCACCAAGAUAGCUGUAUCCGAAAAGGCCGACUCCAUGAAAGACGAAGUCGGAUAUCCAGCAUAUCUGAAGGGCGGCAAAAAGUUCAUAAAGAGAUUCAAAAAGUACAAGGGUGUUACCAUGAAGAACAACGCUCUGUUUGCCAACAGGAUUGCUAUUCUCAAGAUGGCACACAAAAGGAUGCUAAAGAAGUUGCGAAAACCCGUCGAUAAAGAGGAAUGGCCAAUGGAUCCUCAAACCAUCAACGCUAUGUACAGCUUCAACGAAAACGAGAUGAUCAUUCCAGCGGCCAUCCUACAGCCUCCGUUCUUCUACCCAAAAGGAAGUCCAAGCUCUCUCAGUUUUGGCGCCAUUGGGUCCAUCCUUGGUCACGAGAUGACCCACGGAUUCGACAACACAGGUCGCAAAUUCAACAAGAAUGGCGAGCUCACGACAUCCAAUUGGUGGUCUGACGGAUCGCUUAAGGGGUUCGACGAGAAAGCCAAGUGCAUCGAGAAUCAGUAUUCACAGUACAAGGUUGACGGGAAAUACCCGCUCAAUGGAAAACUAACUUUAGGAGAAAACAUAGCCGACAACGGUGGCUUCAAGUCAUCGUAUAGGGCAUACCAUAACUGGUUGAAAAAGAAGGGUGAUGAGACGUGGAGCUUGCCCGGAUUAAACUUGACAAGCGAACAACUGUUCUACGUUGGCUUUGGUCAGGCAUAUUGCAGCAACAGUAGAUCCACCGAGCAAUACCUGGCAACUCUCAGCGACAGGCAUUCAGAGGAGAAAUUCAGGGUUAUAGGGACGUUAUCCAACUCGUACGAGUUUUCCAAGGCGUUCGGUUGCCGACCAGAGGCUCCAAUGAACCCCGUCACUAAAUGCUCAGUUUGGAGCAACGAUGGACUCUUGGAUCUCGGACAUUGAUAAUCGCGCAUGUGAUGAUCACGUGGAUGACUUCCGUCCCUGCUCAUGACCAAAUGACCUUCACUCUUGAUGGAGCACUGGGGACGAAUAUGAUCACAUGACCACGAACGCCCUUGUCAUCCUCACAUUCAAGGGUCCACCCCUCUCAUUUCUGCGGGCAAGAAGUCGCAACAUCCCAUAACUUACUUUUUUGAUCUUGUUAGAAAAUGAGCUAAUGAUCAAUGGAAAAAAUGAUUUGAGCUUCUCCUUUUGAUCGGGUUUCUUUUGUGUUCUCUAACCACGUACUCGUGGUACUUGCGUAUAGCAAACUUGUAUAUCACAUUCAUGCUAUGAUAGCAUAUAUUCUUUGCAUAUAGCAAACCAGUAUGUCACAAUUUCUACGCUAUAAUAGUGUAUUUUUUUUGCAUUUAGCAAACUAGUAUGCCACUUUGAAAGUGUCAGAUUUGUACGUGGAUUUUAUCAUGCACCAUAAAAAUAAAAUCUUGAACUUACUGAA